CCUGGGCAUGAAAUACCAUUUCCUUGGUGGGUAUGCCAAUAGCAGAGUAGAGGACUUAAUAAUCUUACUCCAUGUAAAUGUAACUAUGUUUUAUGACAAUCUAGAUGAACUCGCAAAGAUUAGUCGCUUGAAAAAUAUGGGAGGACAAAGGGAAGACAAAAGUAAAUUGACAGCAGAGAAUAUGCUCAAGGCAGAACUUGAACAAAUGGUGCAAUGGACUUCAUCCACAGAAUGCACUGUUCCAUCACAGACAGCAUUUGGGACGAUUUAUAAUGUAGACAUUGUCAAUGUAGUGUGCAAUUGUCCAGCUGCAACAACAAGAGGGAUGUGUAAGCAUGUUCAUUUAGCUGAAUUCAUUGCGUCUAAAAGGAACAUCGACCUCACUGUAGGGCGCAGAUCUAGAGGUUUUGUCCAGAUUGGGAAAUGUAUCAGUUGUUUAUUUGACCUCAUUUAAAUGUACAUGUUUUGCCAAUAGCCAUGGUAUACAUUGUAUUUGUGUGAUGGUAGCAAAAAAUGGUAUUUUCAUCACCUGACAUAGAGUCUACCCCAAUUGAUGAAACAAGACAACAAUUAAAGGAAGACAAAGAAACAACCGAACAGGCUAUUAAAAGAAAAAUUGAGGGAAUAUAUAUGUAAACAAUGAUAACUUCCUGACAAUUGACGUGAAAAAAAAAAACUAUUUUACAAGCAAUCACAACGGCAUUACAUAUUUGUAAGACAACCAACUUUUCCAAAACAACAAGAAAGCGAAAGCAACAUCCGCUGUUUCCAAGCAGAAAAUCCAAAAGUUCAAAAACUGAUCAUGACUCUUCAGUAAGCCGAAAGUGUGUUGUAAAAAACAGGGGCGAAAAGUUAAUGAUGAUGGCAGUUUCAAAUCGACCCACAGAAAGAAAGAAUCCAUUCGUAAACUAUUUCAAUGACCAAAAUAAUGAAAUAUUAUACUGAUUUAGAAAAACUACUUUUUCUUGAUAUUCAUUCAAAAAAUUUAUAUGUUACAUUGGUGCAUAAAGGCUUUAAAAGUAGGACAUAUACAGUUUGCUCUUGAUAUGUUUUGCAAAGAUACUGAUGUUACCAAAUGUAUAUAAUUUAAUAUAACUAAUACCUAUUCCUAAUGAAGAUUUUGUCAAACAGAUAAAUUGGCUAUAUAUAUACAUUUGACUAGGUCUGUUUGCUGUCUCAAGUAGGUAAUAUGUUUUAAGCAAAUGAUCAAACAUGUUUGAAGUAAAGAUAAUA